AUGCCAUGUGCAACCAGUACGCAGGUCAGUGCCGUGUGCGGUCAGUACGCAGGUCAGUGCCAUGUGCGGUCAGUACGCAGGUCAGUGCCGUGUGCGGUCAGUACGCAGGUCAGUGCCAUGUGCGGUCAGUACGCAGGUCAGUGCCGUGUGCGGUCAGUACGCAGGUCAGUGCCGUGUGCAACCGGUACGCAGGUCAGUGCCGUGUGCGGUCAGUGCGGAGGUCAGUGCCGUGUGCGGUCAGUACGGUGGUCAGUGCCGUGUGCGGUCAGUACGCAGGUCAGUGCCGUGUACAACCGGUAUGCAGGUCAGUGCCAUGUGCGGUCAGUACGCAGGUCAGUGCCAUGUACAACCAGUACGCAGGUCAGUGCCAUGUGCGGUCAGUACGCAGGUCAGUGCCAUGUGCGGUCAGUACGCAGGUCAGUGCCAUGUACAACCAGUACGCAGGUCAGUGCCAUGUGCGGUCAGUACGCAGGUCAGUGCCAUGUGCGGUCAGUACGCAGGUCAGUGCCAUGUACAACCAGUACGCAGGUCAGUGCCAUGUGCGGUCAGUACGCAGGUCAGUGCCGUGUGCGGUCAGUACGCAGGUCAGUGCCAUGUACAACCAGUACGCAGGUCAGUGCCGUGUGCGGUCAGUACGCAGGUCAGUGCCGUGUGCGGUCAGUGCGGAGGUCAGUGCCGUGUGCAACCGGUACGCAGGUCAGUGCCGUGUGCGGUCAGUACGCAGGUCAGUGCCGUGUGCGGUCAGUGCAGAGGUCAGUGCCGUGUGCGGUCAGUGCGCAGGUCAGUGCCGUGUGCGGCCAGUGCGGAGGUCAGUGCCGUGUGCGGCCAGUGCGGAGGUCAGUGCCGUGUGCGGUCAGUGCGGAGGUCAGUGCCGCGUGCAACCGGUACGCAGGUCAGUGCCGUGUGCGGUCAGUGCGGAGGUCAGUGCCGUGUGCGGUCAGUGCGGAGGUCAGUGCCGUGUGCGGUCAGUACGCAGGUCAGUGCCGUGUGCGGCCAGUACGGAGGUCAGUGCCGUGUGUGACCCCACGUAAUGACCAAUACCGUGUGCGACCCCAUGUCUUGGCGGUCAACACCAUGUGCGGUCAGUACGGCGGUCAACACCAUGUGCAGUCAGUACAGCGGCCAACACCAUGUGCGACACCGCAUCAUGACCUACACCUUGUGCGACCUCACGUAACAGUCAACACCAUGUGCGGUCUGUACGGUAGUCAAAACCAUGUGAGGUCAGUACAGCGGCCAGCACCGCGUCACGGCCAACAUCACGAGCGCUGCCCCGCGUCACGGCCAACACCACGAGCGCUCCCCGCGUCACGGCCAACACCACGAGCGCUGCCCCGCGUCACGGCCAACACCACGAGCGCUGCCCACGUCACGGCCAACACCACGAGCGCUGCCCCGCGUCACGGCCAACACCACUGCCCCGCGUCACGGCCAACAUCACGAGCGCUGCCCCGCGUCACGGCCAACACCACGAGCGCUCCCCGCGUCACGGCCAACACCACAAGCACGCCCCGCGUCACGGCCAACAUCACGAGCGCUGCCCCGCGUCACGGCCAACACCACGAGCGCUCCCCGCGUCACGGCCAACACCACGAGCACGCCCCGCGUCACGGCCAACACCACGAGCGCGGCCCCGAGUCACGGCCAACACCACGAGCACGCCUUGCGUCACGGCCAACACCACGAGCACGGCCCCGAGUCACGGCCAACACCACGAGCGCGCCCCACGUCACGGCCAACACCACGAGCAAACAGUAA